CUAUCGCAUCCUUUCAGUAAUAUCUCUGGUUAGUGUUUAGGACACUGAGGUGUAGGUUUAGGGUAGGGACGUCCCAAGGAUUCCGGAUAACACUAACCUUUUUCCGUUCGCAGUUUUGCAAUAGACGAAACGUUUGGCAGCAGAAUGGGCGUAAUGAAUACACCCCAGUUUCAGUGACACGUCAUUUUUGUGCGGCAUCUGACGGAAGCGACUUGCAUCCUGAUUCUCUUUGCACGUUUUGAGACUUUUGUUAAUAAGAAAACAUGUCUAACUCGGUCAUUUCAGUUAUUUCUCGAUUCUUGGAGGAAUACAGGACCAAAACAUCGAAUAAAUUGAAAGUGGUCGACGCCUACCUUUUCUACAUCUUGUUAACUGGUGCAUUGCAGUUUCUGUACUGCUUGCUGGUUGGCACCUUCCCAUUCAACAGCUUUCUGGCCGGGUUCAUAUCUUGUGUUGGAGCCUUCAUCCUGGGAGUCUGCCUGCGUAUCCAGAUCAAUCCAGAUAACAAAGGAGACUUCCUGUCCAUAUCCCAGGAGAGGGCCUUUGCCGAUUUCUUAUUAGCCCACACUGUCCUGCACCUCGUGGUCAUUAAUUUUAUUGGUUGAGAAACAAAUUAUUUGAACCCUCAGACCAGGUGUGAACAGUAUGCACAAA